CAUCUUCCAGCAGUCAGCAUGGAGGCAGACACAGAAUCACACAUGUCAGAUGGAUUCCAGGUCCUGCUGAGUGAUCAGAGGAAGGAGGACUCUCCGCAUUGUCCUCAUGGCCCAACACUAUUAUUUGUAAAGACCGCAAAAGGGAAGGAAGAUGGUAGGAGAUUCUAUGCCUGCUCAGCCUGCCGAGAUAGAAAAGACUGUAAAUUCUUCCAGUGGGCAGAUGAAAAGGUCACAGAAGCCAAACUGGAAGCUAGAGAAGAAUAUAACCGUAGUUGUCAGCCUCCUAUGUCCCAUGACCAGUACAUGAUCAGGUUUCAAGAGUUCAUCGGGCUUCCUCUGGCAAAGAGGAAAUUUUGUCAAGACUGCCAGCAGCUAUUGCUGCAUAAUGAGUGGGAGGGACAUUCGGGUCAUCAUAUUGUUGGUGAUAUUUCUGUAUCCCAAUUGAGGAGACCCAGUCAGCUGCUUCAUCCACUGGUGAACAAGAAGAGCAAUGCACAGUACCUAUUCACGGACAGAAGCUGCUCAUUCCUGCUGGAUACCAUCAUCAGCCUGGGCUACAGACGAGUCCUAUGUGUGGGUACACCAAGAUUACAUGAAUGGAUCAGACAUCAGGCUUGUGAAGGUUCCAAGCUGAAAGUAAAGAGUCUCUUAUUAGACAUUGAUUUCAGGUAUUCCCAGUUCUACAGCAAAUGUGAUUUUUGUCACUACAACAUGUUUAACCACCAUUUUUUUGGUGGAGAGGCUCCGAAGGCUUUAUGCCAGAGUUUCCUGCAGGAAGAUGACGGAGAAGGAAUUAUCAUGGUGACUGACCCACCAUUUGGAGGUUUAGUAGAACCAUUAGCUUUCAGCUUUAAGAAAAUGAGUGAGAUGUGGAGAACACCAUCAAACACAGGAGGUUCCAUUGAGCUGGCCACGUUUUGGAUUUUUCCCUACUUCUUUGAGCCCCGUAUUUUGCAGUCUUCUGCUGGGUUCAGCAUGCUGGAUUAUCAGGUGGACUAUGAUAACCAUACUGUAUACAAACAUGGAAAGACUGGAAGGAAACAGUCACCGGUCCGUAUUUUCACCAAUCUUUCACCUGAAAAAAUUGUGCUACCAGCAAGUGAAGGCUACAGGUUCUGUUCACUGUGCCAGAGAUAUGUGUCCUCUGAAAAUAAGCACUGUGAAACCUGCAACACUUGUCCCUCCAAGGAUGGCAGACAGUGGAAGCAUUGCUCCUUAUGCAAUAAAUGUGUGAAACCUUGUAAGUAA